UUGAAUUCACAUUCUUCUUAUCCUGCCCCAACAUUAUUCUCUUAAUGGAAAUUGCCAUCAUUCAACCUCCCCGCACCCCAUUCUCUAUUUACGAAACCCUCUCCUUCCAACCAAUUCCUAGGCCUCCUCCAUGGAAGACCAAUCAGCCUCCUCCUCUUCUCCGCCAUCGUCACCACCGCUCAAAACAUAUACGCUGACAGCAUCCUCAAUCUGCUAUACUAAAUCGACCACCUCAACUACUUCCCUCACGGGAUAUUUGCUUUUCAAGCCUUGCACUUCAACAACUCCAACGUACAUCCUCCGGGAUGUCUCCUUCACCGCCAACCCCUCACAAAUCCUCGCUAUCGUCGGCCCCAGUGGUGCCGGGAAGUCCACUCUCCUUGAUAUUCUGGCAGCUCGGACAUCAGCAACAAGUGGUACUCUUUUACUCAAUUCCACUCCCAUCAACCCUUCUUCAUUUCGGAAGCUCUCGGCUUAUGUUCCUCAACACGACGCAUGCUUACCGUUGCUCACUGUAGCCGAAACUUUUGCUUUUGCUGCUCGUCUUCUUGUCCCUCAAACAUCAGAUAUUGACACCAUUGUUACGUGUCUUCUGUCAGAGCUAAGGCUAACGCACUUGUCUAACACCAAACUAGCUCAUGGGCUAUCCGGCGGUGAGCGGAGGCGCGUUUCGAUAGGUCUAAGUCUCCUCCAUGACCCUGCUGUUCUAAUCCUUGAUGAACCCACUUCAGGCCUUGAUAGUACUUCAGCUUUCAAUGUCAUACAGAUCCUCAAAUCAAUAGCUGCUUCACGUCAUCGAACUGUUGUUUUAUCCAUACACCAACCAAGCUUCAAGAUUCUUUCCACCAUUGAUAGAAUCCUGUUGCUGUCAAAGGGGACUGUCGUGCACCAUGGUACACUAUCUUCACUUGAAAUAUUCCUAAACUCCAAUGGGUUCACUGUUCCUCCUCAGCUCAACGCCCUCGAGUAUGCCAUGGAAAUAUUGAACCAGCUGCAUGAUAGCAAACCAAUUACACCACCAUCACUCCCUCCAACACCACAACACUCUCCUGUAACCGUCAACAAUCACGAAGCAAGUGAUAUCAGGUAUAGAAGCUCAAGACUGCAUGAAAUCUGCUCUUUAUAUAACAGGUUUUGGAAGAUUAUUUACAGAACACGGCAGCUUCUUUUAACCAAUGCAUUAGAGGCUCUUAUCGUGGGACUUGUUCUAGGAACAAUCUACAUCAAUAUUGGUUACGACAAGGAAGGUAUAGAGAAAAGAUUUGGUCUCUUUGCCUUCACUCUCACAUUCCUUCUCUCUUCUACAACAGAAACCCUUCCGAUCUUCCUUAACGAAAGACCAAUUCUGCUGAGAGAAACAUCAAGUGGGGUUUAUAGACUCUCGUCUUACCUCAUAGCAAACACCCUCGUCUUCUUGCCAUAUCUGCUUGUCAUUGCGAUCAUAUAUUCAAUCUCUGUUUACUUCCUAGUGGGUCUAUGUGCUUCAUGGCAAGCUUUUGGUUACUUCGUUUUGGUCAUUUGGAUCAUUGUUCUAAUGGCGAAUUCAUUUGUUCUCUUCUUGAGCUCUCUUGCACCGAAUUAUAUAGCCGGAACGUCGCUUGUAACGGUACUUCUGGGCUCUUUUUUCCUCUUCUCUGGCUACUUCAUCUCCAAAGAUAGCAUGCCCAAGUACUGGCUCUUCAUGCACUUUUUGUCAAUGUAUAAGUACGCUCUGGAUGCGCUUCUUAUCAAUGAGUAUUCUUGCCUUGUGUCAAGGUGUUUUCUUUGGUACAGUGAAACCAAGACUUGCAUGGUGACCGGAGCUGAUGUGUUACAGAAGAAAGGACUCCAUGAGAGACAAAGAUGGACCAAUGUUUACAUCUUGGUUGGGUUCUUUGUGUUGUAUCGUGUGCUUUGUUUGCUGGUUUUGAUCAGAAGGGUUUCAAGAUCAAAGAAAUGAGAGACAUUUGAUUUUUCUUUUUUAAUAUUCCACCUUAUUUUC